GUUUCCCGUUGAGAUCACCGUUUGACUUCUUUCCAAAAUCCUCACAGCCAAAGCAGCAGCCAGCGAACAUCCAAGGAUCUGCCGUAUAUGGGUGGCGGGGAUAUGGGCAUGAGCAUGUCCAUGAAUGGACCCCUCAACUAUCAUUCGUCGGCCUAUAAGCGUCCCGGCAACAACAUCUACAUCACGCGGCGUAUGGGCGAGGCUGUGGAGCUGGAGCCGCAUUUGCGCAAGCCCGUGGAGAGCCAGAGUCCCAUUGUGAAUCCACAGUUCCGGCCGAUGACUAAUCAAAUGUUGCACCAACAGCAGCAGCAGCACAUGCAACAACAGCAGCAGCAGCAGCAACAGCAGCAGCAACAGCAGCAGCGUCAGCAGCCUGGAUUUCUGCAGCAGCUCUUUGGCAUUGGCGGCAGCUCUGGCGGAGCCAAUCCCAAUCCAAAUCCUCCACCGCAGCAGCAGCAUCUGCGGCCAGUACCCCUGCAGCAGCAGCAGCAACAGCAGCAACAGCAUCUGCAGGGCAGUGGCCAGCCGACAACAUUCCGUGCCGUUUCCGAGAAUGAUCUGUAUCUGCUGGGUGCCAUCGAGAAGCUGGUCUAUCGUGUUGAUUACUUGGAGAGUCGCGUGCGGCGGUCAGAGCAGUUGAUCUACUACCUGAUGGCUGGCAACAAUCAGAAGGAGGUGAAGGAUCCCUGCCCCACGAACUUCACGCGCAUCAGCGACAACUGCUACCACAUCAAUAGCCAGCAGCAGGUCAACUGGAAGACAGCGAACUCUGCCUGCAAGGCCCUCAACUCGCAUCUGGCGGAGUUCGAAAAGGUAUCGGAGAACGAGGAGAUUAUGGCCUAUCUGCUGAAUCAGCCGGCGCACAGGGGCCGCGACUACUGGCUGGGUGGCCUCAAUCCCGGUCUGCUGUGGAUCUGGUCCAACUCGGCCAAGCCUGUGAAUCCCAACACGAAUCUGACAUCGAUAGCCAUGGCACAGAAGAGCGAGAAUGCCACGGCCUCCAAUCUGGUGGAUAGCACCGAGGACACAUCAGACGAAAGCAGCGAAGUGCUCAACAAUACGAUGCAAAUCGAGGGCAAAGGGCGGUGUCUGCGCCUCAGCUACAAUGCUGGCAAGCAUAGCUAUGUGUACUAUGGCCAGGAGUGCACCUCGAGGCACUAUUACAUAUGUGAGCACGAGGACAAGACGCUGGAUAAUAAGAUCAAGAAGAUAUCCCGCGAGCUGAAGCUCUUCGAGUGAGGAAUGUGAUAGGUCGAAGGGCAAUGCACUGCACAGCACAGCACCGCACUGCACUGCACUAGUUAAUUUAUAGCCAUAUUAUAUCGCCUAAAUUUCGAAUGAAUU